AUGGCGGGUUAUGGUGCUAAAAGUCACAUUCAUUGCUUGCAAACCAUCAAGAAUUUGGACCCGUUUAAUCAUUUAUCAAGCUGGGAUUUCGAGAGCAACAAUGAAGGUGACAUAUGUAGAUUUAGUGGGGUUGAAUGCUUGAAUUAUAUGGAAGAUAGAGUAAUAAAUAUCUGGCUUUCUAAUAUGGGGCUGAAGGGCAUGUUCCCCAGUUGCAUUGAACAUUUCACAUGGUUGCAGAGUCUGGACCUCUCAUACAACGAGCUUUAUGGAAAUAUCCCAUCUGAUAUAUCAAGUAAUUUGCCAUAUCUGACCUCACUUGAUCUCUCAAAAAACAAUUUUUAUGGUGAAAUUCCAAAGGGUAUUGCCAACUUCUCUUACUUAGAUACCCUUAGACUUGAUGGCAACCAGUUAACUGGCCAAAUCCCAAAAGAACUUGGGUUGCUUCCUCGGAUUAGAGAUUUUAGUGUCGCUAACAAUUUGUUAACAGGGCCAGUGCCUGAUUUUGUCAGCAAUGUAGAUGUGAGUUUGAGCUAUGCCAAUAAUAGUGGACUCUGUGGGGGAAUACUAGAAAGCUGUGACCAGAGCUUAUUUGAUAGAUCAUUUUGGUAUAGUUUCAUUAUUGGUUUUGUUUCUUCAGCAGCAGCUAUCAUGUACCAUUAUGCACCUUGGACAGAAUUCAAAAAGAGGAGGAGUAACGCCGUAUAUCCCUUAAGAAAAAAGCAGAACUAUCAAAAGGAGACUGGACAAGCAGUUGAAUUGCUGCCACUGGCCUUGCAAGAGCAAGGAAGCCAAGAGCUGUCAAGAUUGUUAGAGAGAUUGAUUCCUAGGAUGAGCUUCAUGGAACUAUGCAGGGCAACUGAAUAUUUUACUGCAGACAACAUAUUGGGGCUGGGAACAACAGGGAUUAUGUACAAGGCCAAGGUACCAAAUAACUGUUUCUUGGCAGUUAAGAGACUAUAUGAUGCUGAUAUGUACAAGAGGGAAUUCUUACUUGAAACAAUGAUUCCGGGGAGACACAAGCCCAUAAACAUAGCUCCUUUGUAUGGAUUCUUCAUGGAGAAAAACGAAAGGAUUUUGGUGUAUAAGUACAUGGCUAAUGGAAAACUUAGUAACUGGUUACAUUCUGAUGAAGGACAACCAACAAUAAAAUUGGAAUGGCCAGAGAGAAUUCACAUUGCACUUGGGCUUGCAAGGGGUUUAUCUUGGCUCCACAAAAGGUGCAAGAUAGUCCAUCUCAAUCUAGAUUCGGAGUGUGUCUUGCUGGACAAGAAUUUUGAGCCAAAAAUUUCCAAUUUUGGCAAGGCAAAAUUCAUAAACCAGUUGGUUGAAGAUCAUGAAAGGAUGAAAUUGUUUUUGAUUGAUGGAAUUGGGGUGAAGGGUUCUGUGGAGAGGGAUGUCUAUGACUUUGGAAUAAUCCUUUUUGAGCUUAUAACUGGGAAAAGAUUAAGUCCAACGACUGAUACUUGUGGCAAUGCUAAUGACUCUCUGAUGAAAUAUAUUAGUAAUAACUUGUUCGCUGAUCCUAUUGAUUUUUUUGAUGCCGUUGACAAAUCUAUCAUUGGGAAAGGUUUUGAUAAUAAAAUCCUCGAUCUCCUCGAAGUUGCAUGUGACUGUGUUAAGGAUUCUAUAGAGCAACGGCCAAUGAUGGUUGAUAUGUACAAAACUAUUAGAGCCAUGUGGGAGAGUUAUAAACCCUGGUUUGAUUCUGAAAGGCUGAAGCUAUCUAUGAGGUGUUCAGAUCAGAUAACUUGUAGCAACGAAAUGGAAUGUAUUUGUUGA